CACACCCAGCCCUUCCAGGAAAACAAACCAGCGGCGGUGGAGGGUGGAGGGUGGAGGGCGGGCCCAGGCUCCCUCCGCCGAGGAAGGCGCCGCAGAGAGCCACGGCCCCGCCCCUGCUGCCCGCGCCAAUGGGAGCCCAGGUCCGCCCCCCGAGCGGCGCCCUCGCCGGGUAUUUAGGAGCCGCGCGCUGGCCCUGCGGCGGCCGCCCUGGAGGUAGCCUGGCGCGGCUUGUGGAGUGCUGCCCGGCCGUCCCCCGCACGCCCUGUCCAGGCGGGAGCCGCCGCCCCGUGCCCGCCAUGGCCUGGCUGGCGCUACUGGGCGUGCUGCCGAGCGUGCUACGCGUGGGGUCCGGCUCCCCAGAGCCUGAGAGCCGCCUGCUCCCUGCGCCCCAGAGCUGCCCCUACAGAUGUGUCUGCGCCGCCGACCUGCUGAGCUGUGCGGGCCUCGGGCUGCGGGACGUGCCGGCCCCCUUACCCACCGCCGCCGCCGACCUCGACCUGAGCCACAACGCGCUCCAGCGCCUGCGCCCCGGCUGGCUGGCGCCCCUGGCUCGGCUGCACGCCCUGCGCCUGGGCCACAAUGAGCUGGGCGCGCUGGGCCGCGGGGCCUUCACCAACGCCAGUGGCCUGCGGCUGCUCGACCUGUCGUCGAACGCACUGCGGGCGCUGGGCCGCCACGACCUCGACGGGCUCGGGGCGCUGGAGAUGCUGCUGCUCUUCAACAACCGCCUGACGCACCUGGACCAGCGCGCCUUCCACGGCCUGGGCGCGCUCAACCGGCUCUACCUGGGCCGCAACGAACUCGCCUCCUUCUCCUUCGCCCACCUGCACGGCCUGGGCGCCACCCACCUCCGCACCCUGGAUCUCUCCGCCAACCGCCUGGGGCGCGUCCCCGUACCUGCCCUGGCCGCGCUGCCCGCCUUCCUCAAGAACGGCCUCUACCUGCACAACAACCCGCUGCCCUGCGACUGCCGCCUCUACCACCUGCUGCGGCGCUGGCACCAGCGGGGCCUGAGCGCUGUGCGGGACUUCGCUCGGGAGUACGUGUGCCUGGCCUUCCAGGUGCCCGAGUCCCGCGUCCGCUUCUUCGAUCACAGCCGCGUCUUUGAGAACUGCUCGGCGGCCCAGGCCCGGGGCCUGGAGCGGCCGGAGGAGCAGCUGCGCGUGCAGCUGGGUCGGCCCCUGACGCUGCGGUGCAACGCCAGCGCCCCGGCCACGCGCACUGUCUGGGUCUCCCCACAACAGGAGCUGCUCCGGGCGCCCGGAUCACGCGACGGUAGCAUCGCGGUGCUGGCUGACGGCAGCCUGGCCAUCAGCGAAGUGCAACCGCGGCACGAGGGGGUCUUUGUGUGCCUGGCCACCGGGCCGCGUCUGCAUCACAACCAGACGCACGAGUACAACGUGAGCGUGCACUUCCCGCACCCCGAGCCCGAGGCUUUCAACACCGGCUUCACCACGCUGCUGGGCUGCGCCGCGGGCCUGGGGCUCGUGCUGCUCUACCUGUUCGCGCCGCCCUGCCCGGGCUGCCGCCGCUGCUCCUCCCGCAGCUGCCGCCGCCGCCGCCGCCGCCCACGAAGCCCAGUCCAGGAGCUGAGCGCGCCGCCCUCUGUGCUGGGCAGCUCACCGCCCAGCCGCAAGGCCAGUGUGCACAAGCACGUGGUUUUCCUGGAGCCGGGCGGCCGGGGCCUCAGCGGUCGCGUGCGGCUGGCGGUAGCCGAGGACUUUGACCUCUACAACCCCGUGGGCCUGCGGUUCCAGGCCGGCUCCGAGUCCACCAGCUCCACAGGCUCCGAGGGUCCGGUGAUGACCUAACCUGCCCGGGCCCCGCCUGACUGCUGCUUGUGCUGCGCCCUGCUGCCACCCAGAGAACUGCCCGAUGCUGUUCAGACCACAGGCUGGCGCCUCCGCCUCCCCGGGGGCCUCGCCCUGGCCGCAUGCCUGUGCUCCCCAUGCCCAGAUGUCCUGAGAGGACUGGGACCGAAGCCCAUCGGGAAGAGCCCUGGGCUGAGGCAUCCCUCCAGGGCUGGCAAAGGACGGAAGCACGGCCACUUUCCCUUCCCAGGGGUCAGGAGGAGGGCACAGGCAGGCCCAGCCCCCAGCCCCCAAGACAGCAACCUCCAAUCUGCUUCAGGUUUCUCAAGCUCAUGCUGGUGGGCAGGCAGAGGGCAGGCUAGCGCCCCCAAGACCCCAGGGAGCCGGGCACCCGCAGGCCACCCUGAGGACAGAGCCUCUCCUGUGGGCUCACAGCACAGCAGGAAGGGGCACCGUGGCCUGUGCCCCCAGCUCUUCAGCAGUGAAACGCCCGCUGAGCAUGGCUAUGAAGGGAGGGCCGAGCCAGAUCUCACGGUCCCCCGAGCACGGAAGCCUCCUAAGGGCUGGCACUGGUCUCAGCCUAAUGGCUUCACACUUAUCUCAGCACCCACUGCAGGGAGCAGGGGGGUUGGGGGACCCUCCUGCAUGGGGGUGAGUGGGGCCCUCGCAGUGCCCUGGAUUCACCUGUCAUGGCAUCACUUAAUAAAGGAAGUGCCUGCCCACCACCAGUCUCUCCACCACACGCAGCCCUCAGUGCCGUCCUGGGUGGGGUAUGCUGGCGCUCUGCCCUCCUGCAGACUCCUGGCUCCCCUGCCCCUGCCACGGGCAGCACCACUGUGCCCUGUCCUGCUGGGGCCCCGACGUCGCCUCCUGCUGGGGCCUGAGCUGCUGCCACCUGCGAGGCCACAGCCUCUGCCUCCACACCCAGCACUGGGGUCCACUUAGAGAGGGGGACCUAGCUGCAGGGCAGCGCUGCCCAGUCCCUGCCCCAUAUGCCUGC